CCCGCGGCCCUGGCCUCACCCGCUCCGGGCCCCGACGGUCUGAGGAUGCCACGGCCGCACGCGGACACCAGCCGCCCGAAGGCGACUGGCAGGGCCGAGGCCGCCACGGCCGCCGCCAUUUUCGACCGGAAGCGGAAGUGGAGGCGCCGCGAACCUGGUGCGUCGACGCACGGGGCCGGCGGGGAACAUCUCCCCGCGCGGCCACGGGACCUCGGCGGCCCCCGCACGGGUCGCACGGCGGCGGCGGCGGCGGCGGCGGCGAUGGCCUCGGCGGCUGUGGAGACCUUCGUGGCCAAGCAGCUGGACCUGCUGGAGCUGGAGAGAGACGCGGAGGUGGAGGAGCGCAGGUCCUGGCAGGAGAACGUCUCUCUGAAGGAGCUCCAGCGCCUUGGUGUGUGCCUGCUGAAGCUGCAGGUGUCCAGCCAGCGCACCGGGCUGUACGGACAGCUGCUGGUCACCUUCGAGCCCCGGAGAAGCGCGUCUGCCGGGGUGCUUCCCAGCAACAGCUUUUCCUCCGGCGAUAUUGUGGGUCUGAACGAUGAAGGAGGCCAGUUGGCCACCGGGGUCCUGACCCGGAUCACCCAGAAGUCGGUCACCGUGGCCUUUGACCAGUCCUGUGAUUUCCAGCUGAGCUUGGACCAGCAGAAUUCCUACCGGCUGUUAAAACUUGCCAAUGACGUCACUUACAAGCGCCUGAAGAAAGCCCUGCUGGCCCUGAAGAAGUACCACGCGGGCCCCGCGUUCUCGCUCGUAGAGGUCCUCUUCGGCGCCGCAGCCCCCAGCCCCGCCGGCGACACACGACCACCGACCUUCUACAACGCCGCCCUGGACGCCUCCCAGCAGGAAGCGGUUUCGUUUGCGCUGGCCCAGAAAGAGCUGGCCAUCAUCCACGGGCCUCCUGGCACCGGGAAGACCACCACCGUGGUGGAGUUCAUCCUCCAGGCUGUGAAGCAGGGCUGCAAGGUCCUGUGCUGCGCGCCCUCCAACAUCGCCGUGGACAACCUGGUGGAGCGCCUGGCGCGGAGCGGGCGGCGGGCGCUGCGCCUCGGGCACCCCGCCCGGCUCCUGGAGUCCAUCCAGCAGCACUCGCUGGACGCGGUGCUGGCGCGCAGCGACGGCGCCCAGAUCGUGGCCGACAUCCGGAGGGACAUCGACCAGGUCUCGGUGAAGAUUAGGAAGACCCAGGAUAAGAGAGAGAAGAGUACCUUUCAAAAUGAAAUCAGGCUGCUGAGGAAGGAGCUGAAGGCGAGGGAGGAAGCCGCGAUGCUGGAAAGCCUGCGGGCGGCCGACGUGGUCCUGGCCACCAACACGGGCGCUUCUCCCGACGGGCCCCUGAAGCUGCUGCCGGACGGCUACUUCGACGUGGUGGUCAUCGACGAGUGCGCCCAGGCCCUGGAGGCCAGCUGCUGGGUCCCCCUGCUGAAGGCCAGGAAGUGCGUGCUGGCCGGGGACCACAAGCAGCUGCCCCCCACCAUCGUCUCUCCCAAAGCUGCGCAGGCGGGACUGUCGCUGAGCCUGAUGGAGCGCCUGGCCCAGGGCUGCUGCGCGGGGGCGGUGCGGACGCUGACGGUGCAGUACCGCAUGCACCGGGCCAUCAUGCAGUGGGCCUCGGAGGCCCUGUAUGGCGGGCGGCUCACGGCACACCCGUCCGUGGCAGAGCAGCUCCUGCGGGACCUCCCGGGAGUGGCCGCCACGGAGGAGACGGGCCUGCCCUUGCUGCUUGUGGACACGGCCGGCUGCGGGCUGUCUGAGCUGGAGGGGGAGGAGGACCAGUCCAAGGGGAACCCAGGGGAGGUGCGCCUCGUCAGCCUGCACGUCCAGGCGCUGGUGGACGCUGGUGUCGCGGCGAGCGACAUUGCCGUCAUCACGCCAUACAACCUCCAGGUGGACCUGCUCAGACAGAGCCUUGCUCACAGGCACCCAGACCUUGAAAUCAAGUCGGUCGACGGCUUCCAAGGCCGAGAGAAGGAGGCGGUGGUGCUGUCCUUCGUCAGGUCCAACAGGAAAGGCGAAGUGGGCUUCCUCGCCGAGGACCGGCGGGUCAACGUCGCCAUCACCCGCGCUCGGCGCCAGGCGGCCAUCGUCUGCGACUCCCGCACGGUGAGCAGCCACGCCUUCCUGAAGACCCUGCUGGACUACUUCGCGGAGCACGGGGAGGUGCGCACCGCCUUCGAGUAUCUCGAUGACAUCGUCCCCGAGAACUAUUCCCACGAGAGCUCCCAGGGUCACGGCCAGGCCGGUGCCAAGCCCCAGGGCUCCGCCGGGGCCGCCAGGAAGCCCGGAAGCCGGCGGCCGGAGGGAGCUGGGGAGGCCAGAGCGACCGCCAGGCUGGGCCGGAAGGCGCCGGACGGGAAGCCCGUGGGCCCUGAGGCCCAGGCUCAGCCCAGCCUCAACGGAGGCGGCCCCAGGGGGCCGGGGGGCAGGGACGGUGCGGACCACUUCAGGGCCCUGAUCGCCGAGUUUGUGGCCAGCGAGCAAGUGCAGCUGGAGUUUCCCGCUUCCUUGAACUCACACGACAGGAUGCGCGUCCACCAGAUAGCGGAGGAGCACGGGCUGCGGCACGACAGCUCCGGGGAAGGGAAGCACAGGUUCAUCACCGUGAGCAAGAGGACUCCGCCGGCCACGCCGGCCCCGAAGGCCACACCAGCCCCACAAGCCACGCAGGCCCCUAAGGCCACGCCAGCCUCACAGGCCACGCAGGCCACGCCGGCCCCGAAGGCCACGCCCGCCACGCAGGCCCCGAAGGCCACGCUGGCUCCACCUGUCCCAGGGGCUCCACUGGUCCCACCCGUCCCACCCGUGCUGGCAGCGACUGACAGCAAAGCCCCUCUCCGUCCCGAGCCCCCCGGCCCCACGCAGACGGAGCCCCCCGGGCGAGAGCCGAGCAGCGUGGACCUGAGGGCUGUGCACCUGGAGAGGCUGCAGCGGGAGAGGGGCAGGCAGGAGCAGCGAGCCAGGGAGGGACCGCGUGGCCCGGGGCUGCGGAAGUUACCAGAAAAGAAAAAGAAGAAAGAUGCCAAAGGACCUGCGGCCCUGGACCUGCCCUCCACGGAGGACUUCGACACCCUGGUCUCAGCCGCCGUGAAGGCUGAUAACACCUGCGGCCUCGCCAAGUGCCGGGCCAGCAUCGUGACUCUGGGCCAGCUCUGCCCACACUGCGGCCACCGCUACUGCCUCAGCCACUGCCUGCCCGAGAUCCACGGCUGCGGGGAGAGGGCUCGCGCCCACGCCCGGCAGAGGAUCAGCCGGGAGGGAGUGCUGUACGCCGGCAGCGGGACCAAGGACCGGUCCCUGGACCCCGCCAAGAGGGCCCAGCUGCAGAGGAGCCUGGACAAGAAGCUGGGCGAGCUGAGCAGCCAGAGGAGGAGCAAAAGGAGGGAGAAGGAGCCGUGAGCCCGUCCUCGCCCUCCAGCCUGGUCUCUGCCGACGCGGGUGGAGGCCCGCGGCCGUCCUGGUGCUUCCUGUGCCUUGUAGCUGCUCCGGGUCAUGUGACCAGGCUGCAUGGGCGAGUGAGGGCCUCCGGGGGGGUGUCCUCUGGCCCAGCGCGCCCUCCCUUGCACUGGGGUGGGGAUGGGCUGCAGUGGCUGUUCCCUGGACCUUCCUGGGAGAGGCCAGCCCCAGGUCUCAGCUUUGCCGGCACCAGGCCCCAGGCUCCCCGAGGCCCCUCGCCAGCUGCUUUACAAGAACCUCAGGUGGAUGUAUAUUUCAACUGCAGAGUUUUAUUUGCUCCAGAGAAAUAUAAGUUAUUUAAGAAUAAAGUGUGUGCACACUACUGCCCACAGUGGGUUAUGGCGUUCUUUCCCGUCUUGCUCACUUUCCUGAGGUUGAAGGUGCGGGGUCGCUGCGGGGGCAGCCCUUUCCUGUUAACCCGUGACAGACAGGGAGAACCACUUCCUGUUCUGCUUGGUACCCUUCCCCCCCCCCCCCCGAAGGUGUAACCUGGGAGGAGCCAGGGCGGGCCUUUUCCCCGGGGCUGCAUGGGGUCAGAGAGGCGGCCUGCCUGGGGCCUGAGGGGUUGCCCUGUGUCACAGCCUGCCUCCCCCUCGCCCGCAGGCCCAGGCCCCACUUUCGGGGUGCCCUCCCCUCCCAGACCCUCCUUAAGUGCAGCAGGCCCCUUGGCCUCUGUGAGGCUGUCUCCUGACCAGGCAUCGGGGCCUCCAUGUUUCAGGCGUGUCCCUCAGGAGCCGGUCUGGCCUGCACAGUUAUGUGUCCUCCACGCCGGCCGACACUUGGAUCACUUUGCUUGCGCCAGUGCUGGGCCGCCUUCCUGCAGACCUGGUGCCCUCCUGCCCAGACCCGAUGCCCUCUGUGCGCCCAUGGCCCCCUCUCCUCCCCUGCGUAUGUGCCUUCCUCUCGCUCCCAUCAAGUGUCUUUGGGACUAGGCUGUUGGGGAGGGGACGGGGCAGGGACCCCGUAUUUAAAUGCCAUGCCAUCCCUCUGAUGACACGUGUGAGCAGAGAGCCUGCCCACAUGUGUUUGAGAUGUCAUGGUUGCUGGGUGCCCGGGGCAGCCGUUGUGCCUGCUGAGGGUGCUUUAUCUUCCAGUCUGUGUGAUGAGAAACUCUGAUGCCCUGGCCACAGGGCUGCUGUGUGUCCUUGGCCGGAUCAGAGACCCACACCCGCCUGGCCACAGCAAGGCCAGGUUCAGGGCUGGGCCAGCAUCCGAAAGGGCCCACCUGGUUCCACCCUGCCACCCACGCACAGACGCUCCCCCACUGCGGGCGCCUGUCUGCAGGAGAAACGGCCAAUGCAGAAACAGCCAACAAUGGGGUGGGGACACCUGACCACAUUGCUGAGCACCUGGAUCCAGCCACACCUGACCCCUACCCCAUUCUUCCCAGUGUCCUGAAUAAAAUCUCUUUUUUAGCUGAA